AUAUCACAUUAAGAAGAGGUUGAACUGGUCUGUUCAGCCCCUAUGAUUUUACUUGUUGAGAUGGAAUCAAGACUAAAAAUAUGACGGAAAUAUCUCCGUUUGGUCUGGAUUGGUUUGUGCGCAGGUUUAAUCCAAUUCGGCCCCGACUCAAAAUACUAAACCCUAGAAUGGGUAAAAGAUUUUGGGUUUGAAAGGAAGAAAAGAGGUGAGGAGUAGCAAUUGGUUUGAUGAAGACUGGCUUCCCAACUUCAAUUUAUCAAUUCUGCUGCUGACUUGCACAAGUCUAAAGGAAGACUUUGCAGGUCUUCUUUACGAUAUAAAGCAAAUGUGAAUGGCUAUAUCACACGAAGAGACUUCUGCUUGUCGGCACGUUUCUUAGGAAAAAUUUCCCUUUUGCAACCGUGUUAAAUGGUUAGGAAGGUUAAUUUAUUGUCCCACUUCUGUCUGAGCUCACCUCAUCCCUGGUUCAAAAAAUGAAGUCCAUGAUAUCUUUCAUAUUUCUGUCUCUACUGCUGCUUCAUUUCUACAACCCCAUUAGAGGCCAAAACACAGAUCCUUUUGUGAUCUGUGGCACAAAUGGAAACUACACUUCAGGAAGUUCGUUUCAGCAGAAUCUGAACCAGACACUGACGUCACUUGCUGCGAAUGCGUCCCACACAGGUUACUACACUACCUCUGCAGGUCAAAACCCUAAUGCUGUUUAUGGUCUCAUUCAGUGCAGGGCUUAUCUUUCCAAAGAGGACUGUCAAACUUGUGCAGACAAAGUAGUUUCAGAGGUCACCCAAUUGUGUCCUUACAGAAAGGAAGCUACCAGAUAUAAUGGAGAGUGUUCCUUACAGUAUUCAGACUGGAGAUUCUUUGGUCAACUUGAUAGCACACUGAGGAUUAUUGUUACUUAUGGUGGGGAGAAACCUAGUAACAUGACUCUUUUUAGAAGUCAGCUACGUUACUUGCUUCAGAAUCUUACGUUAAUAGCUCAAACUGACAAUUCUAGAUUGGCUAUGGGGAGCAUAAGUUACUUGACAUUUACUCCAAUCUAUGGUAUGGUCGAGUGUGUCAGAGAUUUAUCUGGACAGGGAUGUGUAUUUUGCCUUCAAGAUCUGUUCGAGUUUAUUCCUUCAGCUUUGGGUGACCAGCCUAAUGGUCAGUUGUCUGCUAUAAGUUGCAGUUUCCGAUAUGGUCUGUUUAAGUUCUUUCAAUUUUCACUACCACCACCUCCUCCACCACCUCCAUCCCCGCCACUGCCUCUUCAGCCGCCUCCUUCACCACUGCCUCGACCGCCAACAUCACCACUUGAACCAAAUGCAACAUUUGCUUCAAGUAAUGGAAAAGUGUUUCGAAUCGUUAUUAUGGCGAUCACACCGGUGGCUGUUGUUGCAUUGAUUAUAGUACCAGGAAUCUAUUGUUGCUUCUUGUAUUGGGGGAAAUACACAAGGAAAUUAUUUGGUGGAAAUGAUGAAUAUGAUGGUUCAAGCUCAGAAACACUUUUGGUUCCAUUCAGUGUACUUAAAGCAGCCACAAGCGGCUUUUCUGAUGGAAACAAGCUUGGACAAGGUGGUUUUGGUGCAGUUUAUAAGGGGAAAAUGCCUGAUGGGCAAGAGGUAGCUGUGAAAAGGCUAUUAACAAGCUCAAGUCAGGGCUUGGAAGAGCUUAAAACGGAAGUGAGGCUGGUUGCAAAACUUGAACAUACUAAUUUGGUGAGGUUGCUGGGCUGCUGCAUUCAAGGAAAGGAACAGCUUCUUGUCUAUGAGUACAUUUCCAAUGGGAACUUGGACCAACUACUAUUUGGUGAGAACAAAAAGUCCAUAUUGACUUGGGAAACAAGGUACAGAAUCAUUGUUGGAAUUGCUCGAGGAAUGCUUUAUCUGCAUGAAGAUUCGCGUCUUAAGAUUGUUCAUCGCGAUUUGAAAGGAGCUAACAUUCUGUUGGAUGAGUCUAUGAACCCUAAAAUUGCAGAUUUUGGGACUGCAAGACUCUUUUCAGCCACUCAGACUCACAUCAGCACAAAAAAAGUUGCAGGCACUCGCGGUUAUAUGCCCCCAGAGUAUGUCAAGAAUGGUCAGUUCUCUACUGUAUCCGAUGUCUAUAGCUUUGGAAUUCUGGUCUUGGAGAUCAUUUCUGGUGAAAGGAUUACCACUCCUCGUAACUACUCUAAUCUUCAGAGUGAUGCAUGGGAACAUUGGGUCGAUGGGAAAGCCUUGAACUUGCUGGAUAAAACCUUGGGCCUCAAGUAUCCAAGACAUGAGGUUCUGAAGUGCAUCCACAUUGGUUUGUUAUGUGUCCAGAAAUCUGCUUCCAAGAGGCCUAAAAUGUCAUCCAUUAUUCUGAUGCUUAGCAGCAACACAUCAAACUUCUCAUCCCCACGAAAGCCAGCAUUUUACAUUAACAAUCGAGAUACUCGGUCUUGCUCAGUAGUGGAGGAACCUAAAAUCUCCCAAUCAGAUCAAAACUCUGCUUACUUCACUUGUCAGAAUGACAGGAACUACACGUCUGGAAGUCCAUAUCAGCUGAACCUGAACCUGACCUUCAAAUCCUUAGCUUCUAAUGCCUCUACUGAUGACUACUCUACUGCUUCCAUUGGCUCGGGCCCAGAUCAAGUCUACGGUCUCAUACAGUGUACAGGUUAUACUCCCAGGGACGCCUGCCAAGCUUGUGCAACAAACAUGGUCGCUCAGAUCACCCAAAUGUGCCCUAACCAGAAGCAAGGCUCUAUAUACAAUGAGAAGUGUACAUUGCAGUACUCCGACAUGGAUUUUUUCUCAGAUCUAGAGAGCACCCCACGUUUCAUCAUGUGGAACAAUGUGAAUGCAUCUGAUCUUGUUCUUCUAAAGACCAGCUUGGAAGCUUUGCUCAAGUCACUUUGGCCUUAUGCUGCAGAGAGCCUUUCCAGGAUAGCUUCUGGGAAUUCUACAUUUACCAAAGUUAAAAAUAUAUAUGCUCUGGUGCAAUGCUCUAAAGGCAUUUCUGGAAGUGACUGCUUGACUUGUCUUCAGAACGUUUCCAUGACGUGUUUGCUUUUUCUGGACAAAGGAGAAAGUGGAUUUCUUUUUGCUCCGAGUUGUAAUCUGCGGUAUGAUACUCAUCUAUUUUAUUCAGCUUUGCCGGCUUUUCAACCUGGAUUGGAUCAAUCUCCACCUCCCUCACUGCUUGAAGAAGAAAACCAGUCAAUAAGUCAUGUGGAAGCCUCUAAGAUAAGUGUAAUCCUGGUGAUGGCUGCAGCUCUUGCUUUGUUGAUAGUGUCUGGUACCUAUAGUUUCUUGCUUUGGAAGAAUCGCAGAAAGAAUGGAGUUGUCGGGGAUAGCAAUAGAAGUUUGGAGUCACUUUUGACUGAAUUUGAUAAACUCAGAGAAGCAACAAACAACUUUGCAGAUGAAAACAAGCUUGGACAAGGUGGAUUUGGUGUAGUUUAUAAGGGGAAAAUGGUGGGUGGGCAAGAGAUAGCUGUGAAAAGGCUUUCAACUGGUUCCAAGCAAGAAGAGAAGUUGCUUGUCUACGAGUAUCUUCCUAAUGGGAGCCUGGACAAAUUUCUGUUUGAUAAGAAUAGAAGGCUGAAACUUAAUUGGGAAAUGAGGUACAAUAUCAUUGUUGGGAUUGCUAGAGGACUUCUAUACUUGCACGAAGAGUGCCCACUAAAGAUCAUUCACCGUGAUAUGAAAGCCAGCAACAUUUUAUUAGACGAGUCCAUGACGCCUAAGAUUUCUGAUUUCGGGCUGGCAAGACUUUUCCCUGGUACUCAAAAUCAUUGCAUUACAACUAGGAUUGUUGGGACAUAUGGCUACAUGGCACCAGAGUAUGCAGUAAGAGGGCGAUACUCGACUAAAUCGGAUGUCUAUAGCUUUGGAAUUCUGGUACUGGAGAUCAUAACAGGCAUGGAAGCAUUGGGUCAAUGGAACAGCUUUGAAGAUAGUGGACUCAACCUUGGGCGAUGAAUUUGAAAAGGAUGAGGUUCUGAAGUGCAUCAACAUAGGACUGUUGUGUGUUCAAGAAGCUGCAGCGAACAGGCCGACAAUGUCUGAUAUCUUAUUGAAGCUUGGAAGCUACACUAAGCGUGGUCGAACUCCUUUACUAGCUGGUUUUUCAAUCACUAGGCACAGAGCUGCUCCAGAUUUAUUAGAGGAAGAUUCUUAUACCACGACCGUAUCGAUCCGAGAUAACACAGACCAACCCUUUAAUACCCUUUCAUUGGGAACAACACUAACUGAAUUAACAUGGCAAAGCUAAAUUCUCUCCAGGAUUAGUUUGUACCAUUUACUGGUUGUACAAAACAUAGAUUCUUGUUAAAUGGGGAAAGAGUAAAGAACCAUAUUAUGA